UUGGGUCCCCACAGCCCCUAGGGUCCCCACAGCCCCUAGGGUCCCCACAACCCUGCUCAGGAUUUAUCUUUUUGUCCCCAGCAGCCUGCACCCCCUUUUCUGUCUUGCCUGUCUCGAAACCACACUCUCCUCGGUGCAGUCCUUCAUCGAAAUGCGUGUGUGACCACACUCAGAGCUGGUCAGUGGUCCCCAGCAUCUUUGCGACGAGCUGCAGACCAAUUAGACCUUUCCAAUCAUAGCCAUCAACCACCCCCCAGACACCUGCCAAAUUACCUUAUCGCACCUCAAAACCCAGUUCAACUCUGUGGCCCUCCGAUUCUGCCCCCUGCUCCCCCCCCAAACACACACACACACACACACUAUCAUUGCCUUCCUUGAGACAGUGUGCAUGAGUUCCUUUGAGCUCUGAGACCCUAAAACUGAGCAGUGAAACAGACUAUCCUUGGACCUUGGGAGCCCAAUGCAGAGUCCUGCGGCUUCGAGGCAGCUGAGCCUUCUGGGGGGUCCCGGAGCCACCAGUUGACGCUGCAGGGUAGCUAGGCAGCAGCACCCCGAUAUCUGCACGACCCAAGCUGGAACUCUCCUCCAGGCUGCCCCUCCUUCGCCGCCCUCCCUCGCUCUCUCCGCCCUCGGCCAGGCCUCCCAGUUCCCUACUUUUGCGUGUCUACCAACUUCGAAUUCCCAGUUUCAGCGCCUCGCUGCCGCCCGCGAAUCUCUACUCUGCCUCCUGGGGUCUUCUCCCAAUGUCUAGCCCCCACCUAAGGGGACCUAGCCGAGCCAGUGGGGACCGGAUCUGAAGGGUGGAGCGGCCAGGUGAGCCCUGAAAGGUGGGGCGGGGCGGGGGCGCUCUGGGCCCCACCCCGGGAUCUGGUGACGCCGGGCCUGGAAUUUGACACCGGACGGCGGCGGGCAGGAGGCUGCUGAGGGAUGGAGUUGGGCUCGGCCCCCAGAUGCGGCCCGCGGGCUCUGCCAGCAACAAGUCCCUCGGGCCCCAACCUUCGUUGCGACUGGGGCUCGGAGCCCUGCACCCGAGGGCACAGACCGGCAGCCAAGGCCCCACUUUUGGCUAAAAGAGACGCUGCCAGGUGCACAACUCUGGGCAUGAUCCAUUUGAGCUUCGAGGGAAAGCCCAGCACUGGUCCCAGGAAAGGUGCCUAGAAGGACUCGGUGCAGGACCCCGUGGGGCUCUGCUUCCUCCCCCGGGGUUUGGAGCAAAGGCUCAGUAUGGAACUAAGGGUGUCCAGUUACUUCUUCCUCCAACCGCCCUGGUGCCUUCAGCCCUGAAGUACAGAACAGAAGGGUCCUAGAAGACAGGACCACAGCUGUGUGAGUCUCCCCCCUGUGACCUUAGAUAGUCUCUGAGCUCAGCCAAGCUUUGAGAAACUGAAGUGGAAGAACGAAUACCCCAAAGAUAACUGAGCCCGCUUUCAACUCGCAGCUGCCCGAAAAAGAGGGUGGGGAAGCAGGCCCACGAAGGCUGAUGGGAGCUCCUGGUGUUGACAGAGAUGGAACCCGGACUUGGAGACCCUACUGCAUUGCCCCACUGCCUCCAGCCUAGGUGGCAGCCAGCUUUGUGGCCAACCCUAGCUGCUCUUGCCCUGUUGAGCAGCGUCACAGAAGCCUCCCUGGACCCCAUGUCCCGCAACCCCUCCACUCGUGAUGGUCCCUCGCCGGUCCUGGCGCCCCCAACCGGCCACCUGCCUGGGGGCGGCACUACGCAUUUGUGCAGCGAAAGAGCCCUGCCACCACCGCCACAGUCUCCCCAGCCCGCGCCCCCACCGCCAGGGCCCGCGCUCCAGUCUCCUCCCGCUGCGCUCCGCGGGGUACGCGCCGCGCGUGCGGGGACCCGAAGCAGCCGCGCGCGGGGCUCGGAUGCGCACGGCUGUCGCUUGCGCUCGCAGCUGGUGCGGGUGAGCGCGCUCGGCCUGGGCCACAGCUCGGACGAGCUGGUUCGUUUCCGCUUCUGCAGCGGCUCGUGCCGCCGAGCACGCUCCCCGCACGACCUCAGCCUGGCCAGCCUGCUGGGCGCCGGGGCCCUGCGGUCGCCCCCCGGCUCCCGGCCGAUCAGUCAGCCCUGCUGCCGACCCACUCGCUAUGAGGCCGUCUCCUUCAUGGACGUGAACAGCACCUGGAGGACCGUGGACCACCUCUCCGCCACUGCCUGCGGCUGUCUGGGCUGAGGAUGAUCUCCGAGCCUUUGCACACUGGACCUUUACCCAUGUGUUGCCCUGCCUGGAACAACCUCACCCGGCCUCAUUAGCCAGGAACCUCAGCCGGAAAGGGAAGCUGCGGAGCUCAGGCGCCAGGCCGGUGAGUGGCAGGCAUCAAGCCGGGAGAGAUGACCUAACCACUGACCAACAGCUCCAAGGCGCUCAUGGAUCUACAGACACCAGAAACCUCAGCUAAGGAGAACUCCUCUGGGAGCAUCCAGAAAUGGCCCCAGGCCCUAGGGAAUGAAUCUUGAGAAGAUACAUUGUACUCACGUUGCUGGAAGAGCCUGUGCUAAAGCUGAAGCCCUAUUUAUUAUUUCUAAAUUAUUUAUUUACUUUGCUGGUUUGUCAGAUUUUUUUCCUGGACACGGGGGAUGGGUAGAAGAGGCUGGAUGAAGAUGUGCCCACCUCUCCGCUUCCACAGUUCACACUCAGCAAUCACGGUGUUGACCUGGAUCACCUACUGCUCUCCCCUCGGCUGGUGCUGAGAUGGGAGGCACAGAUGGGUGACCAAGAUGCACAGUCUUCAGCACUUGGGGCCUGGGUACCUGUGGAAAAAAUAAACUAUAUAGCCUUCUGGGGAGAAAGGCUGCCCUGUGACCUUUGAGGCCCCUGCUUAGUGGGUAAAGACAAGGAAAACCAUGCUUUGCCCCACUCCAUCAAUGUCGGCGGCGUCUUACCAGGCAAGGACCUGUCUUGAAGGCUCCCUGACAGGUGCACACGCUGCUUCCUUUGACAGGUAGUCAGCCCUUGAAGCAGCCCAGGGGAAGAGAACAUCUGAAGGGCUAAGGAUGGGAGGGGGCACCAGGGUGCUUGUUCAUGGGAAGGAAGCACAGAGCUUCGUGGGUCUAGGAAGACAGGAAGGCGCUGAGGGUCUCAGCAGCUCCUGAAUUUUGGGUGAUGAACAAGCAUAUUCAUGUAUUCGCCCAAUAAACAAUGAAAUGUCUUUAGACACUAAAGACGCAGAAG